AUGGCCUCCAGUGCUCUUAUCCACGUUCAUCAGCAGCUCAGUGUUGCGCUGUACGGCGAGGUGCUCGAGUGUGAGCUGGCGGGAUACGACGAUCACGUUGCAGUCAAGUGCAUUUCACUCGCGCGAGCAGCCGCAGCUCGAAACAAAUUCCAAGACGCAAGAAAGAUCGACGACCCGUUCCAAGAGCAGCGUGUGGCAGCAAUGCUAGUGGCCAGCGGGGGACACCACAACGUAGUGCAACCAUACUUCCACUUUGUUCAUGGCGGGAGGCUCUACCUCGUGAAUGAGCUGUGCGAGGAUGGAGAUCUCCAUUCCUUCUUAGCUUCGAGAUUCCGCGCGUCGAUGUUCCUGCCGGAAAACGAGGUGCUGUCACUAAUGCGGCAAGUGUUGGAAGGCGUUCAUUAUCUCCAUUCCACAUUGGGAGUGGCGCACCGAGACUUAUCGUUGGAAAACGUGCUGCUGAGUCGAGGCGUGUGCAAGAUCACGGAUUUCGGGCUCUCCACAGACGCUCGAAGAAUCUGUGACGGAGGUCAAGUGGGGAAGAACUUUUACAUGGCACCCGAGGUUGUCGCCGGUGAGCGAUACAACCCUGCUCUGGCCGACGUGUGGUCGCUGGGUAUAAUGUGGUUCAUCAUUAUGACUGGCUCACCACUCGUGUCGUUGGCGUCACCAUCAGAAAAGGCUUUCAGUGCUGUCAAACGCCAUGGCGUUUGUGCUGUCAUUGAGAUGUGGGGUCACUCAAAUCGAAUCUCAUCGAAUACCAUCGCAUUGCUGGAAAAGAUGCUAAAGGUUGACCCACGCCGACGCAUUUGCCUGGACCAAGUGCUGGCAAACCCCUUGUUCUCCGCCAUGACUGAGUAA